GUGUGAUUUGUUUGCAGAAAGUGCUGAUCAAAUUGCUUAUCUGCUGAUUCGGAUUCUGCGGGGGCUGGAUUUUAGCUAUAUUUGUGUUUCAUAUUACAAACUCUUUCUUGUGCCAUAAGAUUCGAAAGACUUGCUUCGGUUAAUUAUACAUAUGGCUUUGGCCUUUACUCAUCUUUCAUGGUGGUUAUGGAGUGGGAAACAUCAAGAACCUAGCACUGCCAACAGAUUGUCUUUAAGUUCUUCAUCUGAUUCAGGGUUAUGGGAGUCAGAUAACCUGAAGUUUCCUCGGAUUAAGAGGACUAAUAUGGCUCCUUCUUCGAGAAGAGUUAAGAGGAAAUGGCAUAGUUGGGAGGAAAGAAAGAUUGACAGGGAAUAUGAUGUAGUUCUUGUGCCAUCUGAUGGAGGGUGUGUUUCGGGGUCCGAGUCUGAUGGUUCUGAUUUCUCCAUUGGAUGGUUGGAGACUCAUGGACCUGGAUUCCAGAGUGAUGAUGAUUCGGAUAACAGUUUCGCAGUGUUGGUUCCAUGUUACGGGCACAAUCAGGAUAAUGUAGUGGCAGAUUCGAAGAACAAUAUUCUAGGCGCCAUUGUGAAAAUUCGCGACAAUUAUUCAGCUGAAAGCAAAAUGUACGUGGAACAGUGGCUUUCUUCCCUGCAGACUAACUGAUACCGUGCUCUGUUGAAGAUUGCAUAUGAAAGCCCAACUGCUGGAAGAACACGGUCUGGUAUUUAUAAAUAUUAUAUAAAGAUACUGUAGAUAGUGUA